ACUGCAGCUCACGAAUGAAGCCUUUGUUGACUGAAGAAGGAAGGACAGCUUGUGCAAACGCACCACUGAUCACAUUCUUCUUCCUGCUCACACGCUUCAGGUCAUCGGUGUUGUGCUGUCGACGACGCCUGCAUCAUGAAGAGCUUCUGUGUCCCGGUGCUGCUGUCGGCCGCGCUGGUGCUCUGUGGAGCACAUUCACUUCCCCUUGAGAUCGAAUGCAACGGCGACGGCGUCCGUCAUGCUGAAAAAUUGGCUGAGCAGGCCAUCGACAAAAACCACGACCACGGCUACAAGUUCCAAUUCCAGCGGGUCGAUGGGAGCACGAUAAAUCAGGUGCAAGACGGCUGCGAAAUGACCCUGCACGUUAUUCUCAAACAGACCACAUGCACUGUGACCAACCCCAUGCAUGCGCGCAAAUGUAAACUCUGGGACAUGCAUGACGGGGUGAUGGCAAACUGCACUGUUAUGCUGGACGUCAAAAACAGAGCGGGCAAAGUCACCAGAUAUGAGUGUGAUACGCGGCAAGAGGUAACAGACAUCGAGAUGAUGCACCUGUGCCCUGACUGUCCUGUACUGGUGCCCCUCAACAAUGCAGAGGGUCUCAAGGCCGUUCACGAUGCAAUCCAACAGUUCAACAACAACUCCAGCAACACCAACAUCUAUGUGCUGCAUGAAAUUGGGCGCAUCAUCUCAUAUUACAUGAUGACGGCAGGGAUGAUGUACAGCCCCAGCUUCACCUUGGUCGAGACUCGCUGCCCGAUGGGGUCCAGGAUUGCCCUGGAGGCCUGUGUACCCCUCUGCCCCAAGAGAGCUAAACACGCUUACUGCACAGCUCGUUAUUCCACCGUGAGCGGGCUCCAGAGCGUGGACUGUGAAUACUAUCCCGCAGAGGACAAUCAGACUCUGGCGCUCGGAGAGAACGAGCCAGUCUGUGAACGUCCUCACACAGGACCACCCGCUCCCCCCGGACCUCCAGGACCACCAGGAAGUAUUCCCCAUAUCCACCCCCUUCCCCCACGCCCCCAUUUCCACAGUCACCUCCCAUGCCGUGAAGCCAGACCAGGUAGCGUGAGAAAAAUCCAUCCCAUUUGUAACUGGCCCGUUGAACAGAUGCUGCUCCCCGAGCAAAAGACAGAAGACGAGUCAAAGUAAAUAUGGUUUGUCACAGUCCACAACAACAAAUAUACAUGGGAAAUAAAGAAUCUCUCCUGA